AUCAAAGCUACAAAAUGAAAGGAGGAACCCUUCAGAUCAACUGGCACGACACUAAACCCGUUCUAACCCUAGAUUUUCACCCCAUCUCCGGCAUUCUCGCCACCGCUGGCGCUGAUUACGACAUCAAGCUAUGGCUUAUAGCUUCUGAAGAAGGGGAAAAGAAGGUUCCUGCUUCUACUUACCAGAAUAGCCUUUCGUAUCAUGGAUCAGUUGUUAAUGCUAUCCGCUUUUCUCCUUCCGGAGAGUAACUUGCUUCUGGCGCUGAUGGCGGUGAGCUGAUAAUAUGGAAGCAGUACAAUAUGGACUCUUCAGGUCAAGUAUGGAAGGUCCUCAAGACACUUUCGUUUCAUCGAAAGGAUGUAUUGGACUUGGAGUGGUCUACAGAUGGUGCAUAUCUAAUUUCUGGAUCAGUCGAUAACUCAUGCAUCAUAUGGGAUGUUAAUAAAGGGUCUGUUCAUCAGAUUGUAGAUGGCCAUUUCCAUUAUGUUCAAGGUGUAGCAUGGGAUCCUUUAAAUAAGUACACUGCUUCUCUUAGUUCAGACAGAACAUGUCGUAUAUAUGCCAAAAAACAGCAAAAUAAAGCCAAAGGAAGUGAGAAGCUUAAUUAUGUUUAUCAGCAUAUUCUUUCUAAAGUUGAACCACAAGUUGCUGAAGAAUCCAAGUCUGCUAAACACCAUAUUUUUUAUGACGAGACGCUGCCAUCUUUCUUUGGAAGAUUAUCUUGGUCACCUGAUGGUUCAUUUCUUCUUGUGCCUGCUGGUAUUUUUCUUCAGAAUUCAUUAUGUUAAUUUGCAGGUUUUGUUCAA